CCAUGAAUCAUCACCAAACACAUCAUAAAUUAUUAUUCUUUGGCUCUUCUCGAAUCUCCCCAACAAAAACCAACCCAAACCCACUUUUCUUUAUCCCACAGCCUAAUCCGUUCUUAGUCUUUCCACAUCAUUAUUAGCUCCCCACUACCAAGCCACAGUGAGAGUUCUUUACCUGAUUUGGGGUCUUUCUUGGUUUUCUGGGAUCUUUAAGUUUUUCACAUCCUUUUUUUCUGGCUUUUGGAUUGGGUUUGAGGGCUGCCCUUAUAAUCUGUUGAGGUAAAAUAUGAGAGUAGUGUUAGGCACUACUACUACUACUAAUUAUGCGAACACUGUGUGACGCUUGUGAAAGCGCAGCCGCGAUCGUUUUCUGUGCUGCCGACGAAGCUGCUCUUUGCCGUGCCUGUGAUGAAAAAGUGCAUUUGUGCAAUAAGCUUGCUAGCAGACAUGUCCGGGUUGGUCUUGCAACUCCCAGUGCUGUUCCCCGCUGUGAUAUUUGUGAAAAUGCACCAGCUUUCUUUUAUUGUGAGAUAGAUGGGAGUUCCCUUUGUUUGCAAUGUGAUAUGGUUGUUCAUGUUGGAGGUAAAAGAACACAUGGAAGAUACCUUGUACUGAGGCAAAGAGUCCAGUUUCCAGGGGAUAAACCUAGUAGUAACGGUGAAGACCCAGCAUCCCAACCCCCCAUUGACCAAGGUGAGACCAGAAGAGUACAACAUCAGCAACCGAGAAUGACGAUUGGAGAUAACCAUCAAAAUCACAGGGCGUCUCCUGUUCGUCUAGCAGAUGCCAAUGAUGAUGGGCAUGUAAAGAUGGAUAAUAAGUUAAUUGAUUUGAACAUGAAGCCUAAUCGGAUGCAUGGACAAGCUUCAAAAGAGGACCAAUAGUGGCGUAUUUGGAAGCAUGGACUCGUGCAUAUCACUUUCACUAGUAGCCGGAAGGGGCAAUUCAUCUACUCCUUGGCUAUCUGCUACUUCAUGAGGAACUCGCUCCUUUAUAUCCCUUCUCCUGUUAAGUGACCCUUAUGGUCAUCAAGGGUUAAAGAGUGUUUACCAUUUAGUAGUUUAGUUGUGCAGGAUAUAGUUGGUUCUCUCGGAAAGCAUUCCAAACUUGCUCCAAAAGCAAAAUACUGUUAUUUACUGCGACUGAUGUCAUGGUACUCAGUUGCCAUUGUUGAAAUCUUUGCAAGUGCUUGUAUCGUUGUUGUAAUUCCACCGCAGUUUUAAAAUUCUUUCUUCUUUUUUAAGUACCAGUUGAACAUGGGAGGAAAUGGAAAACCCUUCGCAUUUCCAAGUGAAACUGUAAUCUUAUCCAAGUCCAUGAGUGUUAAGUAUUUGACUCGAUUUUCUUA